GAAAUUUUGAUAAACCCUAGCAAAUAAAACCAGAAAACUCUCAUACAAUCAAUUUUCAGGGCUAUCAAACUCCAUGAUAAAUUAGAGAGCAUCGAACUAUAUGUUCUCGGAAGCGUUGAGUGUAGUUCUCAUGAGGAACUACGAUCAUGUUGAGCUGUUGCAGACGAUUUUUGAGAAAAAGCAACGCAUAUUCCCUUCUCUUGGAGAACAACAGAAAUCCUACUCUUUCUUAUCUGCUGAGUUCCGUCAAACCAUGGUGGGACUUAUGCAGAUACAGUUCAAAAGCGGAAAAACACGCCACAAAGAGUAUAAAUUUUUUUGCUUCAUCUCACGGACAGUGGUUUCUUCCCCCGGAGGUCACGCGGAGAAAUGAAAAGUUGCGGAGGGAUGUGGAAGGUAUUUGCCACGUACUCCAUUCCAGGGGUCCGCAGGCUUUAGAAAAUGCACUAGCCCAGCUCGGAGUCAGAUUGACAGAAGAAUGUAUUGUCAAAGUAUUAAAGAAGCUUGGCAAUGAUGAUGUAUUGUCAGGUUUAAUGUUUUUUGAUUGGGCGGCUCGACAAAGGAAUUAUCGCCAUACUACGGCUGCCUAUUGCGGCUUUUUCAAAAUGCUUUGUCAAAGCAAAUCAAAUAAUCUAAUGUUGGUCUGGUUGGAUUCCUUUCAGAAGCAGUUAAACGUGAGGGGUUAUCAGUUUUAUGAGGUUUUGAUCAUGGGGUAUGCUUUUGCAGGACAAUCCCACAUGGCUCUCCAAAUGUUUGGGAGAAUGAGGUUUCAGGGUCUCGAUUUAGAGAGAGUUGGAUAUGAUGCACUGUUGAAUAGAUUGAUUGAAGAGAAGUGUUUUGAUGUUGUAAAUGCCAUUUGCAAACAAAUUUCAAUUUCAAGGAGACACUUUAAGAGCUCUUGUUCUACAGAGUGUAUAAUGAUGAGGAAUCUCUGUAAACAGGGGAAGCUAGAGGAGGCCAACGAGUUGCUGUGCAAGAUUAGAAAUGAUGGAUCUGCAGUUGCAAUAUUUGUUACAGCACUUUGCAAGGCAAAGAGGAUUGAUGAAGCCCAGACUUUGAUUGAUGAAAUCAGGAAAGAAGGACGAGUAAGUUCGAUGUCAAAAGUAUAUAAUGCGUGGAUCAAAGGGCUUGUGGAGGAGGAAAAAGUGGAUGAUGCAGUGGAAUGCUUCGAGGAAGCAAGGUCUUUUCAAGGUUUCGUUCCUGGAGAAUCCUGCUACAAUGCACUGGUAAGUGGUCUAUUAAAAAAAAAUAGGCUUGAGAAAGUUUACGAUGUGAAUAAAAAUAGGCUUGGGAAAGUCUACAUUUUGAUGAAUGAGAUGAAGAGGCAGCUUAUUUUUCCAGAUAAUUGUACCAUGAAUGAACUGAUUUGUUUCUUAUGCCAAAGAAGAGGAAUGUCAGACAUUGUGCUAGGUUUAUGCAAUGGAUUAUCAAAAAUGGGCUUUUCUCUAGGUAAUGUGACCUAUAAUGCUCUUAUCAGUGCACUUUGCAGAGCGGGAAAAUUGGAUGAAGCACACAGAGUCCUACAAAAUGACAUAGCCACUGGUUUCAACAUUCGUAAACAAACUUAUUUUGACAUUGUCAUAUCUUUGAACAAAACUAGGAAAAUGGAUGUAAUGCAGCAGGUCAUCGAUACAGGGAUCAAAAGACUGAAUGCACCAAAUGUUUCCAUGUCCAGUACAUUCAUUUCUAUUCUCUGUAACACUGGUAAAAUUGAUGACAAAUUUUUGGUCCCAAAAAAGAUGAGGAGGAAAGACAUACUUCUGAACAGAAAAACUUAUUCUGCUUUAAUACAAAGCUUUUAUGUCACCAAAAAUUCAGACAUGGCUGUCAAGUUGUUGCUUGAGAUGCAGGAAUAUGGUCAUCAUCCAAGUCGCUACAUUUUCAGAUCUGUGAUUAAGGUUCUAUGUGAAACAGGCCAUUCUGAUCAGGUUCUUCAAUUGUUAGAUAUGCAUGUAUCAGGUAAGCUCAAUAAUAUCAAUUUUUACAAUGUCUUCAUAAGUGGCCUUUGUAAUGCAGGCCAGCCUGACAUAGCCAUGCUGGCAUUUAAGAAGAUGCAUGAAAAUAGAUGUAAACCUAACACUAACACAUAUGUGGCUUUAUUAAAUGGGUACAUGAAAUGUAAAAAAUUGGUUGAUGCGUUGAAGUUCUUUGAAUUUCUAGCUACGGUUCAUCCUCCCCACACUAGAUUGUACAGUGUCUUGAUCGGUGGCUUUUGCAAGGCAGGUAAAGUGGAAUUGGCGUUUAGAUAUUGGGAAGAGAUGUAUGAUAAAGGAUUGAUCCCUAAGCUUGAAUGCUGUGAGGAUCUUAUUCAUGUUUUAUGCAAAGUAGGCAUGUUUACUGGAGCACUGAAAACUUUUGCGGACAUGAGGGAAAAAGGUGGCCGCUCCUCUACCUAUAUUUACAAUAUACUCUUGCAGUAUAGUUUUAAGGUACGAGAAAUUGACUGGGCCAGAGUGAUUUUUCAAUUGCUGUACACACAAGGAUCUCAUCCUAUUGCAAGCAUGUUUAUCGGUGGGCUUUCUAAUUCAUCAAAUCUUGUGUCCAUUUUGCAAGAAAUAAUUGAGGAAAUUUUUGUGCCUAAUGUUUUUACUUUCAACAUGCUUAUUGGAGCCCUGUGCAAGGAAGGAAAAGUAGAAGCAGCUUGUGAUUUAUUCAAUUAUAUGCCCCAGAAAGGUUGCACUCCAAAUGCAUGGUCUUAUGAUUUUAUUGUACACGGGCUCUACAUGAUACAGAGAGUAAAGGAGGCUGAGGCAUUCAUGAAGGAGAUGAUUGAAAAGGGAUUCAGACCCAGUGUAUGGACAGACAACUUAUACAGGGCAAUGAUAAACAAAGGCAAAUGACUGGUCUGUGUUAUUGCCUGCUUAUUGGAGCCCUGUGCAAGGAAGGAAAAGUAGAAGCAGCUUGUGAUUUAUUCAAUUAUAUGCCCCAGAAAGGUUGCACUCCUAAUGCAUGGUCUUAUGAUUUUAUUGUACACGGGCUCUACAUGAUACACAGAGUAAUGGAGGCUGAGGCAUUAAUGAAGGAAAUGAUUGAAAAGGGAUUCAGACCCAGUGUAUGGACAGACAACUUAUACAGGGCAAUGAUAAACAAAGGCAAAUGAUUGGUCUGUGUUAUUGCCUGCAUCAUAUUUUGGCCGAUAGGCCAUUAUAUACUUAAUAUUUGUUGUAACGGUCAAUAUUUUUAGUAAAUUCUCUUUUUAAUGAAUUUUGUCAUGCCAAAUUUCUUGUAUUUUAACUAAUUUAGCCUUUCCUGCAAACGACCAUCCACCUGCAUUUGUAUUCAGAUGCCAGGAGGGUUCAUUUGGUUAGAAUGUCGAAAGUUUGCAAGGGUUUUAAAUGGGGUGUGGAGUGUUCAAUCAAAUGCAGGCACAGCUGUAUCACCAUUAACAGAUGCUGGGCUUUUUGAAUCCUGUCAUGUCUUUUGAUGUUUCUUUUUCUCAUGAGAUUGCCAUGGCAACCACAACAAUGAUGAGAUUGCAAUCACUUGCUGAAAUUUAUCAUUCACUUGAAUCUCAAUAUUUUUAAAAUGUCUGUUAAAUUUAAUGAAAAGCAAUCCUUGAUAAGGGUGGAUAAUUUUUGAAAAAUUCCUUUGUAUAUGUAGAGGAAUGACUACACAAUCUGGAGUGUGUUGUGACGUUUUCACACAUCGCCCCAUUGCAAAUGGGGACCCCCACUUUUCUCUUGUUAGGGUAGAUGUUUUGCCUAGUUUCCUAGUGUUAGCCUUUGCUUAUGAGAGGGUGUCAUGUCAAAAUGCAAAAGAUGUUAAAAUGUUAAAAUGAUCCUAAGUGUCAGGUUGCCUUAGAGUUUUGCCUUGAAUUGUGAGCGAAAAUGAUAAAAAAUGUUGCAAAUUGUUGUGAUUUCUGUGCGCAGGUGCUGAAAGUCCUUAUAGGAGUCAUUUAUUUGCAAACUUUGUUCCCAGCUCUCAUUCUCAUUCUUGUGCCAAGACGUGGUCAUUCCCAUCCAUGCAUGACCAAAGUCGCAUCAAAACACCAAGGGCGCCAUCAUUGGAGGAGAUUGUGAGCAUUAUAGGGAGUGACAUUGUUGGUCCAGGUCUGAAACAUCAUCUCCAGCUAUCAUUCUCAGACCAAAGACAUUGUGCCCAGUCAUUAUCUGAGCCAAAAUGUGUUCAUUUUCAGUCAAUUGAGAACGAAGUGCAGUGCAUGUUGGUGUGGUGCCAUGAUUGACAUUGUUCCCAGCCAUUGAAGUUAAGUUGCAGGGGUAUCUUCGGACUUCCAUCAGAUUUGGAACAUCAUAAAGACACUGAAAUUAUUCAUUUUCAGACCUUAGAGGGCAUAUUCAGACUUGGUGCUCAAAAAAGUAAAUUGGAGACAACUUUCCAGCACCUAAAUCAACCAUUUUCAGGGGUGUCCUCAGACUUUAUACUCAGAAAUCAGACCUGAGAUUGCAUCAAACACACCAUUUUCUGAGCUUACAAGGGUGUCUUCAGACUUAUUUAUUGCAAUUAGACUUAUCUUAAGUCUGAAAAUCAAGUUUUCUUGAGGAGAAUUUUCCAGAUUUCAAUCCAGACCUUCACAUUUUCCAGAAUUGGUGUUACAAUUUUCUAGUCGAAACCUAAGUUAAAUUGAUUGUUCAGAUUACCUAUCACAAGUUGGGACAAAUGUUGGGAACAAAGUCCAUAUGAGGUUCAGAUUUCCACUUGAGGACAUAAUUACAAAGGAAGGGAUAAAUCAAUUCAAAUGAAGAUCAAUAACAAUGAAGUCCCUAUAGGCAUCAAAUCUCCACCAAGUGAAGAAAUGGACAAAGAUGAUGAAGAUGUUUUAGGGACUGAUCCGUCUCUACAAGGAUCGAUUUCCCACCAAGGUUGAAACAAGGUUUAUCACAUAGGUGUUUGAUUCAAUGUUUGUUUGUUUUGCAGGUCUGCUACAAGGAAGGGAUGCAAGAUGAUUGAGGCUUGAUGUGAAAGAGGAUUGCCCAAGGCAUGGAGGAGACUUGACAAAGAUAUAUUUCGAUGAGAAAGAUCAACAUUUCAAGGAUUGGAGGAAAAUUUCAAGACAAAGAUUUGAAAGGAAAGGAUGUGGAUUAGAUCAAACACGAAGAAGCUUCACCAUGAUGAUGAACAAAUGAAGGCAGGCAAGUUCAAGACAAGUAUCACAAGGAAUUCCAAACAUUAUGAAGAAUGUUCAAGGCAAAUUGAUGAAGUCUACAAGGCAAGCUGAGGUGGCAUCCUAGUCACCAUUCGUCCAAUCAGAGGGUACCAAGUCAACAUUCCUUCAAGGAGGGAAUAAGUGACACAUGGCGCUACAUCAAAUAUUAUUCAUCUUACCUACCCUUAUCUCUCAUUGGGCAAUGUAAUGAUGGUUGUAACAAAACCUAAUUAGGGUUUCUAUCUUUCGAUCUUGGCCAUUGAUCUUGAAUCAAUUUGAGCCAUUCAUUGUAAUGAGAAGUCUAUAUAAGGCUCCAUGGUUUCAUUUGAAAAGGUUAAUAGAAGAAUGAUAGAAGAUUAGGAGAAUAGUUAGCAAUAGAGGAGUAGAAGAAUAUAUAGCAAUUAGAUCCUUAGGAGUAGAGUAGGAGGAGAAAUGGCAGAAAUUGUUGCCAAGGCUUGUAAAUUGAUACACUACUUUCAUUGAAGUUGUGGUGAAUUGUGGCAUUCUUUUUA